CGAAUUUGUAAAAUUGGUCCACCUUAGUACACCUAGUACUAGCUGACUAUGAAACAAAAAAAUCUAUAUAUACGUGAUGUAAAUGUACAUAUUAUUACCAAGCACAUAACAUUUCAAUUCUCUACUACACACUAGUCUCAACAUGGCAACUACAUCAUCCUCGUUACCAAAUUAUAAGUUCCGGAUCAAUCUGAAGUUCUUCCUGAUCUUAAACCUCUUGUACCUUCAUACGUUAGUGUUUGCCCAUUCAUCAAACUCUAAAUUCUCUAAAUUUUCAAGACACACAAACUCCGAUUCAUCAUCAUCUUCUUCUAACGAAGGGUUUCUCGGUUCGGUCCAACGCAGUCUGGACAACGCACUCUUAGCUCACUCUCUCGCCUUCAAUCUCACACUCUCGCACCGUACAGCUCAAACCCUAUUGCUCGAUCCUGUCAACGACUGCCUUGAACUGCUAGACGACACACUCGACAUGUUGUCUCGCAUCGUCAUCAAGCCUAAAAAUAACGAUAACGAUGAUGUUCAUACGUGGCUAAGCGCGGCGUUGACUAAUCAAGAGACUUGUAAGCAAAGUCUCAGCGAGAAAUCUAGCUUCAACAAAGAGGGAACAACGAUGGAUUCUGUUGCAAGAGAUCUCACCGGUUUACUGACCAACUCACUAGACAUGUUCGUUUCCGGUAUGCAGAAACACCCUUCUCGGUCUAGUCGUGUAAUUGGUGGCCGGAAACUAUUGUCCGAUGAUCACGAAUUUCCGACGUGGCUUUCUUCGUCUGACCGGAGGCUUCUAGAAGCUUCGGUGGAAGAGCUGAGACCUCACGCGGUGGUGGCUGCCGACGGAAGCGGGACCCACAUGAGCGUAGCGGAAGCGUUGGCGUCAUUGGCGGGUGGGAGUGGCAGAAGCGUAAUUCGUUUAACAGCCGGAACCUAUAAAGAGAACCUCAACAUUCCGACCAAACAAAAGAACGUUAUGUUAGUUGGUGACGGAAAGGGCAAAACAGUCAUUGUCGGUAGCAGAAGUAACAGAGGCGGCUAUAGUACUUACCAAACCGCUACUGUCGCCGCCAUGGGAGAUGGAUUCAUAGCUCGGGACAUAACAUUCGUGAACAACGCCGGACCAAGCGCGGAGCAAGCGGUAGCAUUACGGGUCGGGUCAGACAGAUCCGUGGUAUACCGAUGCUCAAUCGAUGGGUACCAAGACACGCUCUACACUCACUCCAAACGACAGUUCUAUCGAGAAACCGACAUUUACGGCACCGUCGAUUUCAUCUUCGGAAACUCCGCCGUCGUUUUCCAAAGCUGCAACAUCGCGUCCCGAAAAGGCUCGUCGGAGCAGAACUACGUCACGGCCCAAGGACGAUCCGACCCGAACCAGAACACCGGGAUUUCGAUCCACAAUUGUAGAAUCACCGGUUCAACCAGGACUUAUCUCGGCCGGCCAUGGAAACAGUAUUCGAGGACUGUUGUGAUGCAAUCGUUUUUGGACGGUUCGAUUCACUCUUCGGGUUGGUCUCCUUGGUCCGGUGGGUUCGCUUUGAAGUCUCUGUUUUACGGGGAAUUUAGGAAUUCGGGUCCUGGAUCAUCGGUUUCGGGUCGGGUUAAUUGGCCCGGGUACCACCCGGCGUUGACGUUGACUGAGGCUCAAGGGUUUACCGUUGCAGGUUUCAUUGACGGGAAUUCAUGGUUGCCGUCAUCAGGUGUAGCUUUCGUCUCCGGGCUUUUAUAAUUUAAGUGAGCUUUUACUGCUGCUUUAUACUGAUUAUUAAUUAAUCGGUAAAUAUGGUUAAAAAUUAUAUUUGAUCAUACUUAAAAUUGUAUAUUACGCGUUUUGUGUUUUGUUUAAAUACCCUUGAAUUUGUAAUAUAUCUUGUCACGAAGAAAGUGUUAAAAAAAUGAUAUGGUGCAGUAUAUAAUAAACUUUGUAAUACCGAUUGCCAUUCAAUUAUCUCUAUCGGAAUGUCUUUCCAUUCAAAUUGAAAAGGUAUUAAAAAUUUUACCCAAAAAAAAAAGGUAUUAAAAUGUUUAG